AUGCGUGUCUCUUUAUCUCUUCCUGUGGUAGCCCUGGGCCUCGUAGGCUCAGCGGUUGCUUAUCCCCAUGAGCCGAACCCAAUAUUCCGUCGCGACCCAGAGAAUCAGGCGAAGGCCGAUGCCGUCAAGGAAGCGUUCCAGCACGCGUGGGAUGGAUACAUCGAAUAUGCGUUCCCGCAUGAUGAGCUGCACCCAAUGAGCAAUGGAUAUGGUGAUUCGAGGAAUGGAUGGGGUGCGUCUGCUGUUGACGCGCUUUCGACUGCUAUCAUCAUGGGCAACAAGGAUGCCGUCCAGACAAUUUUGGAUCAUGUCGAUACAAUUGACUUCACAAAGACAAAAGACGAAGUCAGUCUGUUUGAAACUACAAUUCGAUACUUGGCUGGCAUGUUAUCAGGAUAUGACUUGCUCAAGGGCCCUGCCGUCAACCUUGGCGUCAAAUCAAGUCAAGUUGAUAACUUGCUUACCCAGUCGAAGAAUCUUGCGGAUGUCUUGAAAUUCGCUUUUGAUACGCCAUCUGGUGUUCCUUAUAACAACCUUAACAUUGCUGCCAAGGGAAAUGAUGGUGCGAGGACGAAUGGCCUGGCAGUGACCGGAACUCUAGCGCUGGAAUGGACGCGCUUGUCCGACUUGACGGGUGACGACGAGUAUGCCGAACUCAGUCAGAAGGCCGAGUCCUAUCUUUUGAAUCCCCAACCGUCAAGUGCAGAGCCAUUCCCCGGGUUGGUGGGAAGUAACAUCAAUAUCUCCAACGGACAUUUCACCGAUGCUACUGUAUCCUGGAACGGUGGCGAUGACUCAUUCUACGAGUACCUGAUCAAGAUGUACGUCUACGAUCCCAAGCGGUUCGAAAAGUACAAAGAUCGUUGGGUGCUCGCGGCCGAGUCAUCCAUCAAACACCUGGCAUCACACCCAACAUCACGCCCUGAAUUGACCUUCCUCGCGUCAUACUCCAAUGGUAACUAUGAUCUCAACUCCCAACACUUGACUUGCUUCGAUGGCGGCAGCUUCCUCUUGGGUGGCACAGUACUUGAUCGCCAAGACUUUAUCGACUUUGGGUUGAAGCUCGUCCACGGCUGCGAAGCGACCUACAACCAGACAUUGACCGGGAUUGGACCCGACUCCUGGGGUUGGGACCCCAAGAGGGUGCCAAGCGACCAGAAGAAGUUCUACGAGAAAGCCGGGUUCUACAUCAAUAGUGGAUCAUAUGACUUGCGCCCAGAAGUUCUGGAGAGUUUCUACUAUGCUUACCGUAUCACUGGCAAUGAGAUCUACCGGGACUGGGUGUGGAACGGGUUCAAGGCCAUCAAUGCCACAUGUCGUACUGGCUCAGGUUUCGAUGCUAUGAGUGAUGUGAACAAAGUUGGCGGCGGCUCCCACUACGACAACCAAGAAAGCUUCCUUUUCGCCGAGGUCAUGAAAUAUGCCUACCUUGUACACGCAGACGAUGCCCCAUGGCAAGUUCAAAAGGGUGAUAAGAAUGCGUUUGUGUUCAACACUGAGGCUCAUCCUAUCAGAGUGUCUCACUCCUAG